AACGCAGGGACCUAAAUGCUCCUUUUGAAACUUGAGGGACCUAACUGCUCCUUUUGGCAAAGUUUAGGGACCUGCAGAUCUAUUUACUCCUUUAUAUUGGGUUGGAUUCGAUCAUUCGAUUAGGUAUCCCAGGAGAAACUUAAAGCAUUUCCCUCUUGUUCAUUUCAUCGAACACUUUCUGGGCAGCACUCUUUCCUUCACCCCACUUCAUAGCUGCCAAAGAGGAAGAAAAAGAUGCCGAACGGUAGUCAUACUCGCCCUCGCCGGAGGUUAAAUUGGUCAGAUCUUCCGAAACAAGUGCUUCAAUCAAUCGCCAAAUCCCUCGGAACAGAUAUCGAUAGCUUGCGCAGUUUCCGGUCGGUGUGCAAGAAAUGGCGCCAAUCAACUGCUUAUUCCGUGCCCACUUCCGUCCACAAGGGUUUGUUAUCUUCCUCCGUCAUCCUCCUCCGCCCCCGUGGUGGCUCAGCCUCUAUCUCCACCCCAUGGAUGGUGUCUGUUGUCCAAAUCGCCAACGGUAUUACCCUCUUCUUCCACCCUUUUUUUGGUACACCUCUCAUCAGUCUCCCUAAAGAACUUGACUUUUCUCAAUUUCACACCUCCCGCCUUUCCAUGUCCCACCAUAAGGCGGAUUACGGCGAAAUCGAUAACUUAUCGGCUCUAUACAGGCCGGAGAAAUUACUUCUGACCUCACUGAAAUUCAAAGUUCCCGGAACAAUUAGAUUACCAUUGUUGAAAAUAGUUGAAGGUUCAAAUGAACAAAUUGAUGAUUCUAUAAAUUUUUGCAGCUUCAUUUAUUCAAUUGAUUGGAAAGGAAACCUGUACAAGUUUUCUAUACAGAAGUCUACAGUUUCUAAAACACUCAGUGCCAGUGCAUUUGAUGAGGUGGAUGUAGAUGUAAUGCGGUAUCGAAAGCGCCUCGUGACACCUUCAUCGUUGUUAAUAAGGAAACUGUACUUGGUUGUGAGGAGAAAGAACAUGUUCAAGGUUUAUGAGUUGUGUGACAAGUUAUGGAGUUCUUGGAAGUUUGUUGAGGUUCAGAGCUUUGGGGAUAAAGAUGAUCUGGUUCUGUUUGUCACUAGAGACUACAGCUUUUUUGCCUCUGCUAAAGAUUUUCCCGGUUGUCAAUUGAGCAACUGUAUUGUCUUCUCACAUUAUGCUUUCCCUGCUUAUUCUAAUACUGAUUUGAAUUACCCGAGAGACGGGGUAGGGAUCUAUAUUUACCAGCUUGGAGGAAACAAUCAUGCUUUCAUGCCAAUUUCAUCUUACCCGGGAUUUCCUAUUCAUCUUUGGUCACCUCCAUCAUGUGUUUUACAGGCCUCCCUAUCACUUAGGAGGGAGGCUGGCAAGGAAGGGGGUGAAAAUAAGCAACCAGUCGAUCCCAAGCUGUCAGGAUGGUGUAUCUAGGGCAUAUAUAACCUCUAUGAACCAGAGCACUAGAGUCACUUGCUACUAUGGUACUCAUUCUUGAGGCUAACACAGCCAGGUCCUUGAGUGACUGCCAAGCCGACUAUUUAAGCUCUGCGUUGUCUGACUUGAAAUGUAUGCGCUUUGAAGUUGAUUGGCUUGUUCCCAUCGUUGAGAAGGCAGUAGGACUACACAAAAGUAAGCCCCUAAUAGAAUCUCUCAACAAGCUUAGACAGUUAAAUGAGCAAGCCACAGAACGCAGAUCAAACCUCUUUGAUGAAUUGGCCAAACUUGAUGAGUUGCAAAAGGAACUGAAGGAAGAUAUGGUGAAUCUGUCCAAGAUGAUUCCUUUAUCUGCACAAAAAGAUUUGGACAUACCUUUAAGUGGAGAAGGAACAUAAAUCAAAUGCUUGUGGCUUCUGACUUCUGAGUCACAUAAGGUGUGUUUUACUUAUAAUACCCUGCUUUGUGCUUAUUAUUGGCUUGUGAUAGGAGACAGCCUUAGUUGUUAAUUCUAAUAUUUUUGUUGUGGGAUUUACAUAUUUCGACUGGUUAUUAUUUCAAGUUUGCAACAUUUCUACCGGAUAUAUGCCUGCUUUGCAUAUAAAAAAGCAUUUCUUACCAAUUUGCGUGUAUAUCUAUGUUUUGAGAUGGGGGUAUGACCUAGCUUAACACUUUGUUUGAACAAAAGGAAAUGGAGAGAAAGGAACGAGAGGGGAACAAGCUCUCUUGUUUGGAGAAAAGAUUGGGGGGAAAGAAGGGAAGGGAGAGGGAUAUUUCGACUGGUUAUUAUUUCAAGUUUGCAACAUUUCUACCGGAUAUAUGCCUGCUUUGCAUAUAAAAAAGCAUUUCUUACCAAUUUGCGUGUAUAUCUAUGUUUUGAGAUGGGGGUAUGACCUAGCUUAACACUUUGUUUGAACAAGAGGAAAUGGAGAGAAAGGAACGAGAGGGGAACAAGCUCUCUUGUUUGGAGAAAAGAUUGGGGGGAAAGAAGGGAAGGGAGAGGGAGCGAUCAAUUUUAAUAAACCUCACCCCUUCAAAAAAUUGAAGACAUUUGGAUAUAAAAUGGAGCUCACAUCCCCCUUGCCUUUCUUUCCCUUCUACAAAGUAUCUUGUUAUUCAAACAAUCGUGAAACUUCUGAUGCGUAUUUUUUGACAGAAAAAUGUAUGUCGCAUUAAUAUUUCAUUGUAUGCUACGUACCCUUGAGAAAUAAAUUUCACUGAAUGUGUUCUUAGAUAACCUACCUUUGACCAUUCCUAGGUAAGCAUAUGUUUGGAACUGAUAAUGGAUUUGCCGUACCUGAAUUUUAGUUGCUACUCUUCUUCUUUUUACUUGUUCUAUGUACGUGAUUAGAAAAGCAGAAAUGGAGGGGGGCAAAUGGGUGGGUUAAUGAAGGAGAUAGUUGUGGACAAUCAGGUAUAGACGUAUAGUCCCUCGGCUCCCUCAGUUUUAGUUUUUACUUUGUGAUAGUUGUUAUACUUUGACUUUUGUGGUCAACGUUUUUCAAAAUUGCAAGUAAAUUUUACGCUCUUUCAUAAGCCAGUUACACUAGAUUUUUUUUUCCUCCAAGAAAAAAAAGAAGUUACACUGUAAUUAGUUUUCAAAAGGUCUUGCGCGUGCAAGUGUACACCAAGAUAACUUUUAUUCAUUUUUCUGUAACUUUAACCUAGUUUUGAUUAACUUUUAU